UCCCCCCUCCCUCCUGCCUGCCUCCCUCCCUCCCUCCCCGCCGCCGCCACGCCCCGAGCGGAUGGCGGCGCCGGCGGCACCCGCCGCGGCCGCACCCGCGUCCGCCAAGAAACCGAAGGAGCCGCGGCCCAGCGUCGCCGCCCAGAACCGGCGGCGGCAGAGGAUUCGCGCCGAGCUGCAAACGAAGGCGGUGAGCGAGGCGAGGUCUGGGCGCUGCAGCAGCAGCUGCUGGCGCCCGGCGCACCGGAGGACCUCAUGCGGGCGGCCCGCCCGCCUGCUGGAGCCCACCGCCUACGACGCGGUGGUGGAGGAGCGCUCGGUGGAGGGGCUGUGCGGGUUCCCGCCGUGCCAGGCGUCCGCCGCGACGACCGUGCCCGAGAAGAGGUGGACGAUCAAAUCGGGGUCGCGGGAGGUCUUCGCCACCAGCGAGGUGUGCAGAUUCUGCUCCCUCGCCUGCAUGCGGGAGAGCGGCGCCUACGCGCUGCGCCUCGAGCCCGACCCCGCGUACGUCCGGCCCGCUGCCGCGGUGGCCGCGGCCCGGAGCGCCACGGCGGCCGCCGCCGGCAGGCGCCAGUGCAGCGGCUCUCCGCGGUCCGCCGAGCCCGGCCGCGAGGGCCCCUUCGCGCCGCCGGCGCGGACCGCCCCUCCGGCGGAGGGCGUCGCCGCGGG